AUGACUUCCAAACAAGUGGCCUUUUGUGAAACAGACCCAUUAAAACCCCCGGCUACAGCAACUGUCCAGUAUGGCAAUGACGACAAUUACGUGGACGAUUUCGACGCUUCUUCGGAAGCCUUUGUGUCCUUAAAGACAGAGUCUUUUGCGGGUUCCAAUCGCGACGAUGACGAUGAAGCCGAGGCCGCCGAACGAUUGAGUGUCCGACUCCUUGCCGUUCCGGAUGACGAUGAAGAAGCACACGAUCGGAUCUUGCGAGAGUCCUUGAAUUUCGUGGCGUUGUCGACCGAAGCCCAAAAACGAAAAUCGAUUCGCGCGCAACAACAAGCCGGUGGACGCAUUGGGACCAUGGUGGUCAUUGUCCUCAUUGGAUUGGCAUUGUUGGGAGUGGCACUCUAUGCCGGAGCCAAAGUGAUUGGACCUGCCAGUCAACCGUUGGGACCCUACGAGUUGGUAGAGAGACAGGAAGGAGAGGAUUUCUUCAACUUUUAUAGCUUUUAUGAAGGCCGUGAUUCUGUGGGGUCCAAUGGAUACCUCAUGUACAUUAACGAAGACAAGGCGAAAUCCAUGGGGCUGGCCAAUGUCACAUACGAAAAGGACGUUCUGGACUUUUAUGCACAGCGAGAACACGACAAACAACAGGGCAAGGUCAUUGGCGAUGAUGAUGAUGACGACAUUGAUAUUGCCAUGGAAGGUGCCACUCCCCCACCCGCCGAUGCGUCCAAAAAGGAACCCUUCAUUUACAUGGGAUCCGCUCCUACGGAUGCCGGUCCUCGUGAUUCCAUUCGAUUAGAAGGAAAACGACGGUUCAAUCGAGGAUUGUUCAUUAUCGACGUCCGACACAUGCCCGCCGGAUGCGGUGUCUGGCCCGCCUUUUGGUUAACCGACGAAGCCAACUGGCCCGUCAAUGGAGAAAUUGAUAUCAUUGAAGGCGUCAAUUAUCAAUCGAACGCCAAGACGGCACUCCAUUCCACCAAGGGAUGUGUCAUGGAUGACAUUCCUGCCGGGACCAUGACGGGAGGAUGGGAUACCGCCGUGGGCAUUCCCGAUCGCAAAACGGGCAUUCCCGACAUGACCAUGCGAUAUGCCCAAAAUUGUUUUGUCUACGAUCCCCAUCAAUGGCUCAAUCAGGGAUGUGUCGCGGUCGAUGAACGCAAUGGAACCAUUGGUAUUCCACUGAAUCAAAAGGGUGGUGGAGUCUAUGCCUUGGAAUGGGAUCCCAUUUAUCGGCAUAUGCGCACGUGGGUCUUUACACCUCACAAGUCGGUACCGGAUAAUUUGAGAGAUGCCAUUCGCACUGCCAAUCUACCACCGGAUCAACGCGUCUUGCCCGAUCCCGAUCUGUGGCCCAUUCCCUAUGGGUACUUUGCCAUUGGCGAAGGAACCAACUGUGCCGCGAAUCAUUUCAAAAAUAUGCGUCUUGUGUUCAACCUGGCAUUUUGUGGAUCCGUCGCGGGAAAUAGGUUUCAAAUGGAUUGCCCGGCGCAGGCGGCACAGUUUGCCACCUGCAAUGAAUACGUGGCCAGUCAGCCGGAAGAAUUGAACGAAGCCUACUGGAAAAUCAGAGGGGUCUAUGUCUAUGAACGAUCGUGGGAACGAGCCUGGAUGAAGUAA